AUGGAGAGUCAGCACAGAUGUGGCGGUAACAAGGAUGGACGGUCCGCAGAGAUGGUGGCGGUAAUGGCGUUGAAGGAUGUGGAAGAAGACAUUGUAAUUAAGAAGAGAAAUAAUAUGAAAAAAAAUUUAGAAUCUCUGGUACCCUGCAAGAAUGUGGUGAGAACGAGCACUCUAUCAGAAAGGUGGGAGUACUUGUCUAGGAACAAUCAAAGGCUCGACAUCUCGGAAAGCAAUUUUCCAGAGAAGACACAUUUCGUGAACUUUGUGGACAGAGCAUUGUCACUCCACGACUUUCCCCUGAAAAUGUUUUCCCUCUUCUGCAAAACUGUUUUUGUUAGAUCUCGUAUCGAUGGUUGGAUCACAGCCUCAAUAAAGCGCAAAGUUAAGGAGCUCCGUGUGGGCUUAGUUGGAGGAAUGCUUGAAUAUGUGUUGCCUAGUUGUGUCUUUAACUGUGAAACACUGAUUGAGUUGCAUCUUUCUAUGUCGCAUGAAUUGAGGCUCCCUUCUUUAGUUUAUCUGAAAAAUCUCAAGGUCUUAACUCUUGUGUUGGUUGAUUUCGGAGGCGAUAGUUCAGUAGAGAAGUUCCUUCCGUGCCCUUUUCUUGAGGAGUUGGUUUUCAAUUAUUGUAGAUGGAGGAGACUCAAGGUUCUUCAUAUAUCUACUCCCAAGCAUUUGGGGCUGCAAAUAGUUGAACAGCCCUUGUAUGAGGAUUUGGAAAAUACAUUCUGUUUAGGAGUCAAUGGAGCUCGUAUCAAGUUCGUUGCCUAUAUUGGGCCCUUAAUCAAUUACUAUACAAUAUCGAGUUCAUCCUCCCUAGUUAGGGCUCGCAUUAAUCUCGACAUGUUUGGAUGGCCUCAUCAUCAUCAUUUUGCUUACCAUGAAUAUAAGCUCUUAAAGGAUCUUUCUAGUGCAAUCACUGGGGUUGACCCCAGUGGCUACCCUUCUUACUUGGGAAGGGAGCCCACCUCCUUAGGGGGCUAG